AUGAUUAGAAGAGCGCUCGAGCUUCGGAGUGCUAUUGAGCUCUAUCAGUCGCGUUGGCAGAAGCUCAGGAAUGAUGUGGAUCGACGUGACAUCACCAAGGACUUCCUGAACGCUACCGACUGGGUCGAGCUGCAACGGUUUUUUGACUUUCUGAAGCCCUUUCACAUCUUGACCCAGACGAUGGAAGGCAACGCCAGUAAGGACGGAGCAGAGGGCGGCCAUGGAGCCGUGUGGGAGACGCUGAAGACGAUGGACUAUCUCUUCAUCAAGUUCAAGCAAGCCGCGGAGUUGACCCGACACGAGGAUGCCUCACUUCAAAUCAGGAAUCGACUGUGGUUGGGCGGAACUGGAGGACUACUACCUCAAGACAGAUCGGUCCCCUGUGUCGUGCGGCGCUUGCGCUUCCCCUUCCUACGGCAGGCAGAGGUCGAGAUACAGGCGCAGACAGGGCUUUUGGACGACGAAUCCGACAGGGAGGCCGCCAGUGCCGACAAUGACUACAGCUCUUUCGGCAAGAGAUCAGUCACUUCUCUCAAUGUGCGGCGGAGAAGAGCCAGAACCGUGACCGAGCUCGAUCUAUUCCAAACUCGGCCAAUUUAUGUACAGGAUCUCGACGUCGCCGACCCGCUCGAAUGGUGGCAUCAACAUCAACUUGAAUACCCAGUGCUGUAUCGAAUGGCGCUCGACCUGUUCUCGAUUCCCGGCAUGAGCGCUGAAUGCGAGAGAGUCUUCAGCCAGACCAAGAGACUGAUCACAGACGAGCGCAACAAUCUGUCAGAGGACACUGUGGAGGCAGAUCAGCUUCAAAAGCAAUGGUUAUCCAGAGGCCUCGUAGAGUAG